UCGACCUCUAGAGGGUGGUUAUUUUAGAGGGAUGGGGUUAUUUGAGAAGGGGGGCUAUUUUAGAAGAUUUACGGUAAUUCUGCCAAAUAUACUCCUACUAUGUUUUUUUGAAACUGAAAAUACUUCUGGCUCUCGUAAAAGACGACGUGUAGCAGAACAAAAAACUAAAGAAGCUGAUAUUCCUACAGCUACAAGGGAGAAAACAAAAACAGCUAACAACAACAAUAACAGAGUUGAUCCAGUAGAAGAACGCGCCCGCCAAAAUUAUGCUGCAGUAAUUAAGGAAUUGAAAAAUAAAUUUGCUGGAUUGAGAGAAGGGUGUUAUCCGAGGCCUAAAGGUUGUCUCUGUGUUGUUGGCAAAGACGCAACAGGACGUGAAAUAACCUCUCGCCGAAUGAAAGAUUCAGAAUGUAAAUGCGCCCCCGGUGAACGUUCAAAAGAAUGCCCAGCACAAGGGGCUUAA